CAAAACCCUAAGAAAUGGAUAAAGUAUAAAGCUUCAUUUUUUACACUGCAAACGCCGUUUCGAGACUUCCGGCGAAGAAGACGAACGCAAAGAUGCAGAUUUUCGUGAAAACGCUAACCGGCAAGACCAUCACCCUCGAGGUCGAGAGCAGUGACACCAUCGACAAUGUCAAGGCCAAGAUCCAGGACAAAGAAGGAAUUCCUCCGGACCAGCAGAGGUUGAUCUUCGCCGGAAAACAGCUUGAAGAUGGUCGUACCUUGGCUGACUACAACAUCCAGAAAGAGUCGACUUUGCAUCUUGUUCUGAGGCUUAGGGGAGGUAUCAUUGAGCCUUCAUUGAUGAUGUUGGCUCGUAAGUAUAACCAAGACAAAAUGAUUUGUCGCAAGUGUUAUGCUCGUCUCCACCCAAGAGCUGUGAACUGCAGGAAGAAGAAGUGUGGCCAUAGCAACCAGUUGAGGCCAAAGAAGAAGAUCAAGUGAUCUUUUGUUCACCAAAAGCUUAUUUACGUUAUUUUUGUGUUUGCUUUGAGAAAGACUCCUCUAUUGUUCUGACACAAACCUUGUUUCAGUGAAUUUUGAUUUUACGAUUAUUGUUUAGUAAAUCUGAUUUUUGGCUUUUUUUCUUCAUCAAUUCUAAAAUCUCUUGCAAAGUUUCUUCAAAUUAGAGUUCUGCAAUCCGAAAUAUAAAUUUAAGAGCCCCAUUAUUCAUCUGUUAACAGUCUGUGUUCCAAGCAUUGAGACUCUCUAUGGUAACAGUCUAUGUUCCAUUGUUAA